UGACGUAACCAAAUUUCAAGAUUUUCGAUAUUAGUGAUAAAAGAAACUCGAAAAGUCUGACGGGUUGGCAACCGGCCAGAAACUAUUAAAAUCUCAAAACCAACAUCCUCAAACACCGUUCUAUUAAUUCUCAUUCAUGCAGUGACCGUUGGUUGCGUCAAGAACCUUGGGACACACCGCAUCGCUGUUUUUGGAUCAUAUCGGGACGGGAAAUUUCGUUUUUAUGUGUGCGUGUAGUGAACUGAAAAUGCAGAUGCAUAAGUGCUAGUGUUUUGUGUUGAACAAUGCUGGUUUCCUUGACGGCAGGUACUCAAGAUGCAUCGCGGAAGGCCAAGGGUGCGGGGUGGGAGGUCUAUCAAUGUCAAAGAUUGGGAGAAGCAAGGAGAGUUGCUCAAAGAAUGGAAUGAUGAAUUGUGCAGUGCGGAAUCGUUGCCUGAAGUGGAGUUGAUCAGCCUCUUAGAGGAGCAGAUUCCGAAGUACAAGUUGAGAACUGAUACUCUGACCAAGUUCGGAGGUUACGAAAAUCAAGACUGGUUCAUACCGUCACCGGCUCUCGAAGUUGACGAGGCCGACCUCAAGUUGUCGCCGGAUCAAAUCCGGGAAACUUUGAAUUAUUUUCUUCUAUGUAGCAAUCGCGUGAGCCAAAUGACAAAGACCUACGAUGACAUUGAAGCGGUCACUAGGCUUCUGGAAGAGAAAGAAAAGGAUCUAGAACUGACAGCGAGGAUCGGUAAGGAACUUCUGGUAAACAACAACAAGCUAGAAAAUACGGUAGCUUCGUUAGAAACGGACUUGAAAGCGGCUCACGAGAAAAUUACCCAACUUUGCCAUGAAAUUCACAAGAAGACGGAACUCAUUCAGAUACUUACCAAUGAUAUGGAUGAUACUGGAUUGGAAAACGGAUCAUCGGGAAAAGUAGAUUUGGACGUCAUGAACAAAAAGAUAUCUUCUCUGGAAGAUGAAAACAAGGCCUUAAAAGCUGAAUAUUGCCGGUUAGCAUCCUGCGCUGAUGAUAUUGAAGCCCAAGAAGCCAGGUUACUCAAAGAUCUCACAGGACAAUUAACUUGUGCCAAUUCAAGUAUGACUUAUUUGGAGGACGAAUUGGAUAGAUUAAAAGAAGAAAGCAGACUCCAGCACGAGCAAAUUUUGGCACUGCAAUCUCAACUACAAGAUACUGAAGGCAAAUUACAGAAGGUAUUAGCUGAAAACGAUGAAGCCAACGGUCUUCUACAAAUCACCAAAGAAAAUCAAGGCAGCUUAGCGGUAGAACUGUCAGAAUUCAAAGCGCGCUACUAUGAAGUCGAAGCGCUGUUCCGUGAUGCGCAAGAGCAACUGCGCAAGCUCAGAAAGAAACAAACGCCCGGUGCCAGAAUCAACAUGUUUUCCUCUCUCGGACAGACGGCCCUUGGGCCAUACGACAGUUUACAGAGCGAACUGUCCAUGUCAAUGCAUUCUGAACCCAGUACUGAUUCUGGAAUAUCCAGUACCGAUAUGAUGCCCCAAUAUAAGAAAGUCUUCGAAACAGUACGUUGUGCCUCACAGAACUCCUUAAGCGGCAGUGAUAGUCUCGGUAGCUUCCAUUCUGGCAUGGGCGGUUACGUCAGCAGUACUGGUGCUAACUCUAGACCUCGAACGUCGUCGAGGAUGCAAACUGGUGCCGAUCUAAGACGAUCUUCUGGUUCUAUAUAUAGUAGCAGUUCUUUAGGAUAUCCUAGUAUAGAUUCCACGGGAUAUUCUGAUACGGAUUCUAGUCAUACAGACUCGGAAGAAGGAUAUCCAGGCGGCCCCCAGAAGGGCAUUCCGGGAGUACCUGGUGCUACAGAGCUGGAGGCUGCAUUGAAGAGAUUAACGCCUGCAGAGAUUCUGGCGCGAAGAGCAAAUCUCCAACAUGGACCUACAUACGGAGGUUACGAAGGCGAUUCGUACCUGCCCUUCGGUUGUCGAACACCUGACAGUUUAAUGUCAACAGGCUCCUGUAACUAUCUUGGUUGGAAGUUGCCUGAGAAACUUCAGAUCGUAAAGCCAAUGGAAGGUUCAAAGACGUUACACCAGUGGUCGCAGCUAGCUCAACCUACCUUCGGUGGUAUUUUAGACGAAAGACCCGGUGUUAAAAUAAGAGGAGGAAAAGAAUUAGAAGAACUCGGCCUAGAAUCGUACGCCCUCAGUGAUUUAGAAGAAGACGAGGAAUACUCAAAUCCCGGUAAACUCUUCGAUACGUCAAUGCACACAUACACCUAUACUAAUAGCACCAUAAUGCAUCCCGAUGAUGGUACUACGUCGGUGACGCACAGCCAGAGGGGCAGCAGGAUGGCUUCGAUAUGUUCCAGCGUCCAGCCAUCACCUCCACAAACACCCAUGGCUUCGAGUAGGCGCAAUUCUUGUAGCACAUUCUCCACCACUCUAGGACUAGCGAAGAUGUUAAAUGAAAGAGGUAUAAAAGCAAUAACCCCAUCAUGCGUGCCGACUCCAAGCGGCCCCAACAGUUUCACGCCAACGGCGACCCCACACAACAGCCCCGAUAGUAGUCCGAUGUCAACACGAUCUGGUUCUCCCGAACCUUACGAGGAAUUAAGCCUGCCGCAGCUUAUCUUUAGCUCGGUUCCGACGUUCCUCAGGGACACUAUCGGAGGAGGGGCCAAGAAGAAGGUUCCUCUUCCGAAACACAAGAGGGAAAGACUCGAGAAAAACGAGAGUCUUGUAGGCAGAAUUGAGAGAAUCGGCAUCAACAAUCUCAUGGCCAACCCCAAUGCACUUUACUCCCGGACUGCGCUAACUAGUCCCAUGGCUCAGUUGACAUGCCUCUUGCCCAGUCAUGGCGGUGAUUCAACUCUCGGCCACAAACUGGCCAGUCCUCUUUCAACCAUUUCUGAUCCAGAAGCGUCCACGAUAUCACAUCGCAAGAAAAGUUUGGGGGUUCCAGGAAAGCCAGGCACUGGCGCCCUCAAUCGUAGAUUAGAGCAGCUCAACUCCCGCAAACAGAGAAGACAGCAACAGGGAGGAGGUAUAACGAGACCAGAUCUGGGCACAGUGUCCGUAUCUAAACCAUCCGAAAAGACAGAGCAGCAUACAUCAACAUUAGGAACUCUUAGCUCGUUGCUAUUUGGAAGAAAAGGGGGUUUAUUCUAAAAUCUUGGGUGAUUAAAUAAUUCGACACUGUUGACGUUUGGUGCCAAAUUUUUAACAUCGAUAUUCGAUUACAGCAUCGAUUUAAUUUCGAUUGUCGAUGUGAUCGAUUUUAUUUUUUGAGUAUUGUAGAGGUUAGUGUUAGUAAGAAAAUCGUCAUCCAUAUAUUUUAAAUAUUAUAUUUUAUUAAUUAUGUAGAUAUUUCUCUAUACUUACAUAUUUAUUGAUCAGACAGACAGAACUAAACAAAAAAUGCAUAAUUGUGUCGGUAUAACUUAACAAGUAGAUGUGAAAAUUAUCAUUUUUUUUGCUUUCUUUGGCUUUUUUGCCAUUAUUUCUCAAAUGGAUUUUAUGAAAUCACAAUGUUAAGGAAGAAAAUAUUUUAAAUAUAAUAAAUCAGGAAAGAAAAAUAUAUAAUGUAUGUAUUCCAAAUUCUAGUACCAACACAGACAAUGUUGUGAUCAGAACGGCUAAAGAUAUACAUAUUUGGGUUUUGACUAUUUUGUUUAUUUUUCAAAAUAUUUGUCUUAAGCCAUUUUUAUUUUCCUACUUGAAACAUCUACUUAAUGUAAUUUUUCAAUAUCACCGAACAUUAUUUAAUAUUUCACUAAUGCAACUAAACCGUAUACAGUGAUGAAUGCGCUAAAAUAACGCAAAAGACGGAAAAUAUAAUACGUUGUGAAUAAAACGAGAUGAAACUAUAGUUCGACCCACCUUGACUUUACAGUGUAGAAAACAUAGGCAAUGCAGUCCUUAUUAGAGUUUUUAGCGCGGUAAUGCCGAUUUUAUCAAAAGGAAUUUGUAAUCGAAAAUUAGAGAGAUUAAAUUAAAACUGUUUUAUAAAGGCAAUCUACAAUUUUAGGAUUCGUAUGCGUUUCAGUUUAUUUGAUAUACUAUAGUUAUUACGCAUAUGAAUCCUAAAAUUGUAGAUUGCCUUUCUAAAACAGUUUUAAUUUAAUCUCUCUAAUGUUCGAUUACAAAUUCUUUUUGAUAAAAUCGGCAUCACCGCGCUAAAAACUCUCAUAAGAACUGCAUUGCCUAUGUUCCCUAUACUGUAAAGUCAAGGUGGAACGGACUAUAGCAGAGGUGGGAAAUAAUCAAUACAAAUCUAUAAAUUUACAUUAUAUUGAUAGUCUCUCACCUUUAGACGUAUCGGAGGAGUUUGACAACUCCCACUCUGGCAGGAGAAUUUUAUAAAAUUCUCCUGUGACAGUUUGAUUCCGAUACAUUUAAAGGUGGGAAACUAUCAGUACAAUGUAAAUUUGUAGGUUGCUAUUGAUAAUUUCCCACCUCUACUAGUUUCAUCUCUUUAUAUCACAACGUAUUAUGAUUUACGCCUUUUCCAUGUGAUUUUGCCGGUUAUUAGUGCACUCAUCACUGUAUACACAAAAAAUGCCGGUCUCAAACAAUAAUUAAAAAAAUCAGAAAGGCAACAUAAUGUUUUCUCCUUUUAGUUUUUAUCCCAAAUAUACACGUAACUUUUUUAGGAAGUUUCAUUUUCAAUACACAAUAAGCCUUUUCAUCAUGUGACAAGCGCAUGCUCAACGGCCAUGUUUUUCGUGCAGUUUUUAUCAACAAUUGAGAGGUUAGGCAUCACUAUUUGUUCACUAUACAAAUAACAUCUAUAAUUUUUUAUUCUAAUUAAUGGUAUCAAUCGAUUUUCAUUACUUGCCGAAAUAUAUUAAUUAACAAAAUUAUUAUUAUAAUCUAUUGUAGCGUGCUUACGGUUAAAAUAAUACUCUCGGUUCGUUUAUGCGAAUUUAUUUAUACAAGUUACAGACAAAUUUAUUUUACAGACUAACUACUCCUAAAAAUUGCAUUCUUAUUUAUAUUGAAUACAAAAAUACAAGGCCAUGUUCUUGAACGUUCCAGAAAAACGGAACCGUCCAACUUUGAUCUUUCUCGAGAAAUCUUUGCCUUGCUCGUCUGAUGAGUCAUCCUUCCAGAUGUCUCCAUACGUAACGAGACGGAACCUGUUAUUUGCUGUCGGUAUUUCGUCACUAAAAUAAUCAAAAAAAUGUAUGUUGAUUUAUAGCGUUUAUCACUAUUAUAUACAUACUCCAUACCGCUUUAUUGUCCCUUUUCGUCCAGAUAUCAAAUAAUAGUCGAUUAAAAAAAUUAUUUGCCAAUUGAGGCAAUUCUUUCUUUAUUUUCUUGCCUUUAUUUCUAUAGCUAAAACUUUCUUUGGCAUUUCUUUAAUUAUGUGUUCAGAUGCAUUUUGUUGCUAUUUAUAUUACUAAUCUAAUCUACAUAACAUGUUUUAUUACAAAAAACUGUACGAAAAAAAUGGCUAACACUAGUUUGUGAUGAAAAGGUCAAUAUGGAAAUGAUGUUUUAUAGCGUUUUUGAUGUUACUGUGGAACAUAUCCAGUGAUCCAUGCCAGUACGUCAACAGUGUCUUUUAAGAUAUUGUGAGGUUGACAUAUUUUUGAAAGUAGUCGAAGUUGAGUAGAAAGUUUACAGUAUUUUGUUGUUUGAAGAGCGUAGACUUUAAGCACAAGCGAUACGAUUAUUUACGAAAUCAUUCAUCUACGAAAUUCUGUAAGAGAAUACAAAAAUGUGUUACAUUUAAGUGAUACCUUUAUAGAAAAUGUACUUACUAAGGUUCAAGAUUUGACCACUGGAGCAUUAGAUACUUAAAUAUUUUUUGUUAUUUUGCACUGCGUAUUAAAGAAUAACGCUUCUAAAAUCGAUUGACACUAAAUCGGGCCAGGUACGAGUCCCUGUAUGUUCUAUUUCAAAUUUCAUGAAUGUUUUCUAAUUCAGGAGAAGUCUCAUGUCACGAAAGAGAUAUUAUUUUGCUCCCGUUGUUAAACCAAACUCUUGUAUAUCUGGAAGUACAGCAUCUUAUCGAGAAAAUUGUAAUCGCCAACUCAUACACAUUUCAAUAUAAAAAAAAUCAAACAGGAACAUUUUUUAGUUGAUACAACACCGUUAGGAGCUGUAAUAUAUUUCCAAAUAUUUAUUUUUGACGUAAGUUUUCAUAGUAAUUAGCUGUACGCCCAUCAACAUACCAUAUACCGACAGAAAAAGGCAUUGUACCCAUUUUUGUAUUCUCAAGUCAUUUUUGUGAAAUAAUUUCAUAUCCCAUCUGAAUAUAUUAACACAAUUUAUCCAAACUAAUAAUGUCAGCAAAGCAUAUAACGAACUAUUGCAUUUAGUCUAUUUUGACAAAUGUAUUAAUGUAUUUAUAUAGUACGAACAUUUUAAAAACCUGUUUCAAUGUUAAGUUCUAUCAACUUGUAUUUAAAUAUUACUCAACGAAGAAAUGCAAUAAGUCUUGGUGAACCUCAUCAAGAAAUGAUUUAGUCAAUUUUUUUUUGUAUUUGUUGCUUAUUGUAUCAAUAAGUUUGUUUUUGUGAAAAAAUGGAAAGCUGAAGUCGUGGAUAUUCAGAUGUCGGAAGGUUAAUUUUGUUUUCAUUAUUAUCUGUGUCUUAGUAUAUUAAAUAAAGAUGUACGUAUUUGCAACAAGACAGUAAACCAACUGUUGUCAACGGUGCGAAAAAAAAAUCGUAAAGGAAUUUAAGGUGACUGAUAUUUUGAUGACUAAGAUGAAGACAUCUUAAAUAAUACUUUGACUACCUAAUGAUUCACACAACUUCUCGCGCAUGAUUUAAAAAUGUCCAUCUUAACGGCAUUAGUUAAAUAAAUGGUGGAACUGACCAGUGGAGGCUGUAUAACACAAACACUUUGCACGUUCGCCACUGAAUGAAGGCUGAUCUUCCAAUCGUUUCGCCGGCGAGAAAAGUCCCAUGACAGGCGUAAAUUCGCGCAACCGGCUAUCAUCUUAUUAUACAAGGUGUCCCAAAAGUAGCGGAACGGUCGAAUAUUUCGCGAACUAAACAUCGGAUCGAAAAACUGAAAAACACCUUUUCAAUCAUUUUUAAAAAUCUAUCCAAUGGCAUCAAAUACGAUCCCCCACUCCACCGCUUGGAGGUGGGGUGGGGGGCAACUUUCAAAUCUUAAAUAGAAACCCCUAGUUUUCAUUGCAGAUUUGGAUUCUUUAUGUAAAAGUAAGCAGCUUCUAUUCGAGACAUUUUUCCGAGUUGUGGAUAGAUGGCGCUAUAAUCGGAAAAAUCCAUUUAUCGUGAUACCAUAGAUAAAUUAUAGAAACGGUUUAAUAUCUCGAUAAAUACACUUCCAAAUGAAAAACGAGAAAAUACGUGUUUAAUAUUUUUCAGAAACCUAUCGAACUACACUAAACAUGGCCCUCCACCCCACCCCCUAUAGGUGGGGUAAGGGGUAACUUUAAAAUAUUAAAUAGCAACCUCCAUUUUUUAUUACAGAUUUGGAUUCGUCAUGAAAAAUUAGGCAACAUUUAUUCGAAACAUUUUUUAGAAUUGUUGAUAGAUGACGCUAUAACUGAAAAAAGAAGAUUUAUUAGCGCCAUUAUCAACAAUUCUAAAAAAUGUUUCGAAUAAAUGUUGCUUAAUUUUUCAUGACGAAUCCAAACCUGCAAUAAAAAAUGUAGGUUGCUAUUGAAUAUUUUAAAGUUACCCCCACCCCACCUCUAGGGGGUGAGGUGGAGGGUCUUGUUUAGCGUUAUUCGAUAGGUUUUUAAAAAAUAUAAACACAUAUUUUUUGGUUUUUCAUUUGGAAGUAUAUUUCUCGAGAUAAUAGACGCUUCCUAUAUUCCGAUUAUAGCGCCAUCUAUCCAUAAUUCGAAAAAAUGUCUCGAAUAAAAGCUGCUUACUUUGAUAUGAGGAAUCCAAAUGUGAAAUAAAAACUGGGGGUUUCCAUUUAAGAUUUCAAAGUUACCCCCCACCCCACCUCUAGGGGGUGGAGUGGGGGGCCGAGUUUGGUGUCAUUCGAUAGAUUUUGAAAAUUAUUGAACAUGUAUUUUUCAGUUUUUCGAUACGAUGUUGUAUUUUGAGAAAUAUUCGACCGUCUUUUGAGACACCCUCCCUAUUAUAAUUAUGAGCUGUAACUUCUUCUCAUCGUAAAAUAUUUGGAAUAAUUUAAUAUUGAGAUACAAGAAAAUAGUGAAUUAUUUUUGCGCAUGUUUUUAAGGAGUCAUUUUAGUGGCAUUUAUUAAGUAAAUAGUGACAGUGACACUUCCGACGUACGCCACUGAAGGGAUAGCAAGCUCCAAUCGUUUCGCCGAUGCGAGAAAUCCGGUGACUCGCGGCGAAAAUACGGCAUUGUUAUAAUUAGAGUUUUCUACGUAGAAAAAAUAUCCCUCCCAAUUAAACUGAGAGAAUAAAAAUGUAAGGGAAAGUGCACUCUUGCCGCUGGUGCUGUGCAACUUUAGAUUACCGAUAAGUCAUCAUCGAGGGUAAGGUGAAAUGAAAUCCUAAGCUACAAAUACAUGAUAACAGUCCAUAUUUGGUUAUCUUAACCUUCGGAUGACCAAGGGGGUAAAUUUGGACCCCAGUGUAUGUUUUUCUUUAAUACAUUCAAAAGUAUUUUCAAUUUUUAACUCAUUAUUUUUUUAUUUGACUUUAAUAUCAUUCUAGAUAUCCUCAUAUUUUGAAAUAAAAAAAAUUCCCUAUAUUUUACGAAUAAAAAAUAUAUUCUGAAGUUGAUGUUUAAUAAAAUACCGUCUAUUAUUGGAAUAGACGGUGGAAUUCCAAGUAGUUUUACACUGCGCGUUAUUAAAAUCUAUUUUUGGACUGUGGUGCCUGUUAUGUACGAAUCAUGACAUUCCUGUCUGAUACAGUUAGUCAUUAUUAUUAUUUCCUGGCGUAUAAUAUUAUAGUUUCUUAGUAUUUUGUGUACAUAUAAGAUAUGGCCCGCAAAUAUCUUACUGAGGCCGAGUUACAGGAAAUAAUUGUUACUGCUAGCGAUUUUUAUGAUGAUAUAGAAGAUGAAAUAGUAUCAGAAAACGAUAAUGUAUUGUUAGAUGAAGAUUUAAAUGCUGAAAACAUUCAUUCCAGGUCAUUUUUGACCUGGGGUAAUUUUUUACCCCCGUUGGUCAUCCGUGUAACAAAAAAGGUUGGUCAUCGGAAGGUUAAAGCAAUCUCAAGCUUCAACCACAGAAUUUAGCGGUGCAAAGGCUUGUUACGAUUUUUUUUUCUCACCGAGUUAAAUAAAAAUAAAUGACUGUUCCAUUAACAUUAACUGUUCCAUUAACUGUUUUGUUGCAUGUAUAAGCACAUCAAUAUUUUCAAAAUAUGAAUGAAAAUGUUCAUCAUCACGCCAAAAUUUUCUUCCAAGAUACUGUGAUGCCAUUAUAUUGUUAUUUUUGGUUUUCGCCAACUACUUAUAUGAUUUCCAAUUAAAGCUGGAGAAGGUUUUGGUCAAAUGUAGCUUGACAAUUAUUUUAUAAAUUGCGGAUAUCAUCACAUUAUUUUAAGGUAUCCAACGAUAGCUUUAUCGCAUUUUGUAUUCAUUUUUGAAUUAUACAAAAACACAUUUUGACUAAAAGCUUCACGUCUUUUUUUGAUUACAUUUUUGAUAAUCUUCCACGUGCAGACCAAAGACAAACGAAAAAGAAAAUUCUCGUAAAAGAAUCAAAUAUAAGUACACUUUUUGGAGUAUAUGUAUUAUAAUUUAUAACUAAUUCACUAAUCAACUAUUGUCCUUUUCAUGAUCAUUUUUCAGUGCGUAACAAAUGAUAUGAAAAAGGGUAAGUCCGUGAUAAUACACAUUUAUGACAUUUAUUCUAACAUGACAUUUUAGUUAAAUCUGACAGUUGUCACAUUUUAUUUUCAAUUUGGAAUAAAAACCAAUCAAAUGUAUUUCUUGCAUUUAUAAAAUGGUAUUUUCUUUGAUUUGUAUAGUCUUAUAAAUUAUACAGAUUAUAUUUGUAAUAUUAUUAUCUAAUUAAAAAAAAAUAUUUUUUUAUUAUGGCGCCAUCUAUCGACAACUAGAAUAACUAGAAUAAAUGUUAUAAAAAUGUCACCGACGAAAUGUAAUCACCGACGUGCCUUUUUUUCUGUCACAUACAAUUUAAUGCGUUAGAAAGAAAUCGAAAAACUGUGACGCACUGAAAGGUGAUCAUGAGAAAUACUGUAUUAUAAUUAUGGAUGGAAAAAGUCAAUCAAAAAAUCAAGACGUUCCGGAUAGUUCACCAAUUCGAUGUUUUGGAAAUCCAAAAUCCACUAGAUUAUUUUCUCGUUUUCUUUUCAGUUUUUUAUAUUCUCAUAAAGUUCGUCUUUUUUACUUUCAUUGUUAGACUAUAUUAUUAUCCAUACUUAACUCUUCUGGUCACCAGUAUCUGAAGAUCUUCAAUAUAUAUGGAGAGGCAGCGCUGAAAAAUCUCUUUGAAUUUACUAAAGCUAAAUUUUUCACAGUUAAUUACUGUGAUUGUGUAGAGAAACAUACUGCGGUCGGUCAAGCGAAACGUAGAACAGGGGUUACUGAGAGGGUAUCAAAGUUGCUUUCCUACGAAGGUAAUUAAAUCCAAUUACUAAGGCUGAAAAUCAGUACACACAUUCUAAAUUGAAUAUAAAUAAAAGUUAUUAUAGUCGGUCAGCUGUAUGACGGGACAGAGCCGGUCGGUCAUCUCCAAUGAAUGUACAGGGUUAUUCACUAUAUUUUGACCCCCUUGUAAACUGCUUUAUUUACAGAAUAAGAAAAAAAUGUAAAAUACAAGAGUUAUUCGAUUUUUUAAUUACGAUUUUUUUGGCAUAUAUAUCGUACUAGUGACGUCAUCCAUCUGGGCGUGACGACGCAAUCGACUAUUUUUUAAAUGAGAAUAGGGGUCGUGUGCUAGCUCAUUUAAAAGGUUAUUCAAUUCUCUAUACAGUACUAUAAAUAAUAAGAUCAUUAUUUAUACAGGGUGUCCAAAUUUUUUUUUUUGAAUUAUUAAUUAAACAAUUAAUUUAAUUAAAAAAUUUUUUGACACCCUGUAUAAUUUAUCAUGUUAAUGUUUAUAUUACUGAAUAGGGAAUUGAAUAACCUUUCAAAUGAGCUAGCACUCGACUCCUCUUCCCAUUUAAAAAAAUAGUCGAUUACGUCAUCACGCCCAAAUGAAUGACAUCACUAUUACGAUAUAUAUGUCAAAAAAUCAUAAUUUAAAAAUCGAAUAACUUUUGUAUUUAAUUUUUUUUCUAAUUCUGUAAAUAAAGCAGUUUACAAGGGGGUCAAAAUAUAGUGAAUAGCCCUGUACAUUCACUGGGGCCGACCGACCGGCUCUGUCCCGUCAUACAGCUGACCGACUAUAAUAACUUUUAUUUAUAUUUAAUUUAGAAUGUGUGUACUGAUUUUCAGCCUUAGUAAAUGGAUUUAAUUACCUUCGUAGGAAAGCAACUUUCAUACCCUCUCAGUAACCCCUGUUCUACGUUUCGCUUGAUCGACCGCAGUAUGUUUCUCUACACAAUCACAGUAAUCAACUGUGAAAAAUCUAGCUUUAGUAAAUUCAAAGAGAUUUUUCAGCGCUGCCUCUUGGACUAAUAUUGUCGGCUAAGAUGACAGUGUCAUCCGCAUAUCUAGUGUUGUUAAUGGGAACUUCAUUUACCUUUAUUUGAGGUGUUUCACCCUUUACAGUUUUUUCAUGGCCUCUUCUGACUAGACAUUUAUAAGGUUUGGCGAUAAUACGAAUCCCUGUCUCAUUCCACGUCUAUUUUGUCAUCAAUUCACGCAUAAUUUAGAUGUUUUCUGGUCCGGAACAGUCGAUUUUAGAAACAUUUAUGAAAUUUUAGCCAGAAGUUAACUACAGCCUCGAUUUAAUUUGGUAAACAGCGUAAUCACAACUUGAUUGGUGUUGCCAAAAAUGGUGAUACAGUGAACAUUGUUUCCAAUCGGAUAAUGAGAUUAUACUAGUGAUCAUUAUCAAACUUUUUACUGAUUACUUCUAGAUCCAAUAAUGUAUAAAAAUAUCCGCAAUUUAUUGUGAUUUUGUUUUGAUCUGUUCAUAUGUACUCGUACUUAAGAAACCAAUCAUCACUUUUAUCAUUUUUCGUUUUUUUAUUUCGUAUAUUUUAUCAACAUUUUCAGAGAGCACAAAUAUUAUAUUAAUUAUGAUUAUUAUACUCUGCUUUUGGUGCUGUUUUAUGUUUAAUAAGAAAAUGUAAAUAAUUUUUUAUGUAUAUAAGCUAUAAAUAACGGGGUCGAAACUGAAGAAGACAUGUUUUAAGUAACGAACGAACAUUAGAAAAGAUUUUUAAAUAAUUUUGAAUUAUGUUUUUAUAAACACCUAAUAUUUUUACGUAGUAGGCUUCAAUGUAGUUUUAUGGGUAAAAAAAUAUUACUCCUCGAAGCAAAUCAUUUUUUAUUAUCUAAUAUGUCCGUCAUUUUCUUGACAUAUACAUCUUCAUCCCAUUUAAGUCUCCUAAAUCUCACAAAUUCGUGCACUUAUCAUAGACCUUCGACGUCGAUCCAUCUUUUUUGUGGUCUUCCUAUGCAUCCUUUAUGUGCUCUUCACUUCUCUUCGAUCUCUCUUGUCAUAUGCCCUGCCCAUUCCCACUCAAAUUUUGCGAUAGCUUCGACAAUAUCUACUUUGGAUUUCCUUCUUAAAUUGUUGUUUUUAACAUGAUCUCUUAAGUUUAUAUUUACCAUGAUUCUCUUCAUUGAAUUGUUCUAAGUCUAUUAAGAUAUUGGUUAGUAAGUGUCAUGGUCUCCAUUCCAUAAGUCAUGACAGGAAGGAUACAUGUGUCAAAAAUCUUCCAUUUUAACUUAAAGAAAAGAUCGUUUAGAUUUGAUUAUUCACUUUUAUUAUUCACUAUAUUCACCUUUGGUGGAUAUUAAAGGAAAUAAAAUCAAUGGGAAAGUCCCCGUAGCUGGCUGUAUACCAUAGUUAAAAAACCAUACAGAAGUAAAAACUUCUUUUGUAUAUUGGUAUAAAAAGUUUUAUUAAAAAACAUAAAAGUCCUCCAAAAGGAUUUGCAAAACGUUUUCAAGAUCUGAUUCAGAUUGAAAACGUUUUGCAAAUCCUUUUGGAGGACUUUUAUGUUUUUUAAUAAAACUUUUUAUACCAAUAUACAAAAGAAGUUUUUACUUCUGUAUGGUUUUUUAUUAAAGGAAAUAGUUCGCUAAAAUUAUUAUCACGGUGAAUGACAGGACGUGAAAUGCAAUUUAGAUUUCCCUUGUCGAAUAUUUCGCCACUUUGUUGUGCUUUAUUACUCCAACUUAAAAAGCUCAGAGGAUAAAUAAUUUCGAAUUUUAUUUCCUGACUUAUUAGUCUUUCGUUUUAACUUAAUUGAGAUUUUUGAAUUACUAAUGAUAAAGCUUAGUUUACCUACUGCUACCCAGAUCAUUCUUAUUCUUGUAUCCUACACCAUUUUUAUAUUACUGCUUAACCAGGUGUCUUGUUGCUACUUGCCUCAUUAGAUCGAAAUAAAAUUUAGCCGAACCAAAGAAAAUCAGAUCCUUUAAUUGAGAAAAUCAAAGAUGCAACAGGUAUGAUUAAACUGAUGAAGGAUUGAGAUUCAGGAUUAGUAAAGAAGACAUUAUAAAGCCAAAAGGAAAACUCGGUACGCUCAGAAAAUCUAGGCGUAAUAUUCUUCCUAUGUGUUAACUUUGUGAAACAAUAUAUAGAUAAAAACGUCUGGUAACUUCAAAAAAUCCUCUAAAUACCUUAAUCUUCAAAAAAGAAUGUAUGUGUACUUUGUACGCACGUAAGAAGUUAUACUUCUAUUAUAAUUUCAACGAAAUAAAUAAUAUACUUAACAAGUUAGUUGUAUUUUAUUUAAAUAUUAAACUAACUUUCUUACCUACCAGUCUCAAUUUUUUUUUAAAUUACCAAAAAUUAAAAAAAAUGUAUGAAUCAUCUGGGAUUGGAACCCGGGACCUCCCAAUCUCUGGUCCAAUGCUCUACUAACCAAGCUAUCGAGCCCCUUGUACGUGACAUAUAGUAUCUCGGAUAUAAUUACACAACACGGUGACAAAUAGAUCAUAAUGACAUUAUGUGUCAUAUAACUUCACAUUCUGAAGUAUAAAAAUGUUAUAUCUAGAUAUUUUAUUAUCUUACUACCGAGGAAGACAAAUCCAAAGACACAAAAAACUAUAAUAAAUAAUACAUUUACUAAAAACACUAAUAUAUUAUUUUAAUGACUUAUUUACGCUGAUAUAUACAUACCUAUCUUGAAAGAUUAGCAACGAACUACAUACUGUCUGUGUGCGCAUGAGCCAGGGAAUUAUAAAAUUUCACUCUCAAUCGUAAAGAAGUAUAACUUCAACAACUAUACAGAUCAUUUAUUACAUGAGACUAUACUUGGAGCAUGCCUUAUUGCUACAAAAAGAACCGUUUAAAACCCAUUGCUUCUUCACUUUCGAUCCCAAUUACAUAUAAUGCAUUUCGUCCCUUUAAUAUGUGUAACCUUAAGUAAUAUAAAUAACAAUUACUCUUUCAAGUAUUAGGUGGUUGGAAAAAUCCUUGAAAUAUUUUUGAAAAUUAGUGAAAAAUUUCCUGACUGUACAGUCUGUUGAAAAGAAGUGAUGUGAGAAUCUCUAGAAAUACUUUUUUUCCUACAAAUUUCGUUACUGUUUAUUUAUUAAAAAAUCCACGAGGAAAAUAAACUUCCUGGAGCUGGCUGUAUACCAUAAAUUACAAAAAUACUAUGUUUUUGUAAAAUGUAUAUUUUAAAAUAUAGCUUUUACAAUAAAUCUAGUAUUUUUGUUUAUUUCUUACUAAUUUCUUAUUAAAAUAAAAUUUGUGGGCUAGCUCAGAAUGGAUCUUCUUUUCCUUCAUGCACCAUGUCCUUUCAGAACGUUGGUCACCAUAAUAACUAUCUGAAUUGUAUUUACUGCAACCCCAGCCUAGCAUGCUUGUAUCAAUACCAUACCAAUCUCGUAAGUUCUUCAACCAUGUAGUCUUUCUUCGUACUGGACUGUGUUUAUCUGCUAUUUUGCAUUGCAUAAUAUAUUUCUAGCAUCCUAUAUUUGGGACUACUCAUUACAUGUGCUAAAUACUCCAGCUUUCUCUUCUUGACGCUUCUUUUUUUAAUCUCAACCGUCUUUCUGAGACCUUCUAGUAUUGUGUAGUUUCGAAUCUUCUCCACCCAAGAAACUUUUAGAAUUCUUCUACAGCACACCACUUUUCGAAAGCCUCAAGGCGAUUUAGAUCACUUUUAUUCACAGUCCAGGACUUGACACCGUAAAGUAAGACCGAGAACACGUAGCAGCGCAGUAGGCGGAUCAGCAAUGUUCAUUUUAGGUCUCCGUUACAUAAUACAUCAGACAACCAUUUAAAAGUGGCUCUGACCUUCUCCACUCUGGAUCUAAUUUUACCGUGACUAUCUGCAUUAUAAUUCAAUUGAUAUACAAAGAACAAAUUUGAUCUACUAACUCAAGUGUGCUACUAUUUACAUAUAUACACGGUUUUAUAUUCUGUAGAUUAUUUAUUACGAAUAUUUUGGCUUUCCGUAUCUUCAGAUCCCGAUCUGCUUCCUUACAGCUCUGCCGUCCUCAAAUAAAACGCGGUAUAUGCAGCCUAAUUAAAACCGAGAAAUCGACUCUCAAAGUUUUUUCUCAGGACUAUAUGUUUUGACAACUUUUUAACGCAAAACAUGUUCUAAUAAUAGUUGAACAUUAUUUAAAAAUAUAUGCUUAAAAAAUCCUGUUUUUAUCAAAGCUGUAAAUAAAAAGUCCUAUACCGCGUUUUAAUUGAGCAGCGGACAUAUUACUGGAUCAGAAAUUGUGCCGUAUCUGCAUUUUAUGUGUAAAUAGGAUUUUUUACAACGAAAAAUAGUUACCAAAAAAAGAAAAAUAAACAGCUUAUAAUUGUUUAUUUUAUACGCAAAAUACCUAAAUGUCAUAAAUGUUCAAAAUACGAGGUGGCAACACGAGUCUCGAUAAAAACUCGGUAAAUGCGCUGUGCUCAAUUAAAACUCACUAGCACAUACCGCUUUUUAGUUGAGUACUUUGUAGAUACCGCAUUUUAAUUAAGCAGCUAUUGAAAUUUAGCACAUACGGCAUAUUCCAAUUUGUUUAUUUUGGUAGUAAAUAAAAUGAUACGGCUUUCAGACAUUGCAGAAGCAUAAAUAAGGUCACAAGGAAACCACAUAUAGCAAAAACUCGAUUUCAAUUUUUUUGCAGAUACCGCGUUUUAAUUGGGGACGGCAGAGCUGUCAACGACACUGUCAAUCCAAGACAGGAUCACUUAACCGUAACCAAGUGAAGACAUAGUUGAAGGCAUGAAAUUUUUUUUAUAACUUUCGUUAUAAUUCCUGCACGCCUGUAAAGUAUCAACAAUGUGUACCAGCACUGUACGGUCUUUAUAAUUUUAAUGACAUUAACUGAUCAAUAACCGAAAUAACGAUUUUUGUAGGAAAAACAGUACAAAUAUGUUAUGGUCUUAAUAGACAGCAUAAAAAAUUCAUCUUAAAAGUUGUUAACUGCGUAGCUUUCUGUGAUGUCAAAAAUAUUUCAAUGAACGUCAAAAGUGAUAUAUAGGGACUGUAAUAAAGUAUAGGAAUAAAGUUUACCUAACGAUGUAUAAAGUAUUUAUUUUGAUUAGUUUUAAGGUAAAUCUUAGGUUUUUUAGUGGUAUUAUUAUUAAAAUGUUGUGUAUAUAUAUUUUGCUUCGAGUAUUGUUUUAGUGAAAUAUUGAGAACUAUCGAUAGUUUUGUUGCAGGUUAAAAUAAAUAUAUACAAAAAUUAA